AUGCUCUUAUAUAUUGAUGAUAUUCUUCUCUUCUCCAAAGAUGAGACAGAUCAUCUUCACCUUCUUCGACAAUUCCAUCAGAUUAUUCAGGAUUAUGGUAUUAUGCUCUCGCUUAAGAAGAUGCAAAUCAACGUCUCUACCAUUGACUUUCUCAGAGUUACCAUCUCCAAAGGACAAUAUAACCUUCAGCCUCAUAUUGCAACUUCAUUGCAGUUAUUUCCAGAUGGCCCUCUGACAAAGAACCAAGUCCAGCUUGGGAUAGUCAAUUACAUGAUAGAGUUCCUUCCUCAGCAGAUCAAGCAUACCUCCUUGCUUCACCAGCUUUUACGAAAAAAAGCUCCUCCUUGGUCUUCUGACCACACUACAGCAAUUCAAGCUCUGAAGACACUCUCUGAGAACCUCCCCACUCUCCAGAUCCCUUCCUAG